AACCAAUGGUAAUAAGACCCAAUAAAAUAAGGUAUCUCCGUAAAGGAGUCAAGCUGGAAGGAAAAGAGUUCGAAGAACUAUUAGCUAAGGCAGAACAUAUUGAGCGAGGGCAGAGGAUUUUAAUGAAGACUUCAGUGUGGGUUAUCUUAGUAGUGUCGUUUUUGAGCUUCGCGGUACCAGCAGCAUGGGUAAGUAACAGAAAGCGCAGUGCUAAGAGCUAUAUCGAUGAGAACUAUGACAUUGAUCAAGAAGAAGAACGAGAAGAAAGCAAGAUCUUGAUCAACACUUAUAUUGAAAAGAAGAGUAAGGGCGAUCUUGAAGAAGUAAUUGAUGAAAAGGAUAUUUUAUAG